CUUUUUGUGUAAUUGAUUUUGGAUGGAUACUAAAGACGCACCAUCUGGAGAGUCUUUUAAUAGGCAAAGAAAGAAGCGCUCCAGGUUUACAGACGCUCCUGACGACCAAGGUGACAAUAAUAAGUUAGAACUGGUGGAAAAUGGCUCAACUUUUGACACCAAGCCAUCUCAAAAGGAAACACCGGAAGAGAGGAUUGCAAGACUACAGACAAGGAUUGCGGCAAAGAUGAAAGCUUCUAAAGUUUCGCUUUCCGAAAAUUCCCUAUCCCAAGACCCCGCAGAUGCACAAAGGAAACAACAGCUGGAAGAGGCAGCACAUAGGGCUCGAAUGUUGGCUGAAAAAUAUGCACAAACUUAUGGAUACAACUUACAAAGUAGCGGUGAAGUUGACUCUUCGGUGAGCAGUGGGAAUAUUUCCAAACCAUUGAAUAGCACGCCAGGUGAAACUGUCCGCGGGCUUUCAUUGGAGAAGAUACCCACAAAGCCUGUAAGCACUUUGAAACUAAACGAAGAAACUUACAAGCAAAAUCGUCUCAAGCGAGUGUUGAAAGUAGACAAGUCAGAUUUCAUUGAGACUGAUCCAAGAAAGAACCCUUAUUAUGAUCCACGAGUGAAAGCUAGUAAUAAUCGCCUUUUUAAAAAGUCAUUGGAGUUUUUACCGGAGGGUUUUUACCAAGAAAAGGCCGAACGUAUGAGAGAAAAGGCAGAGGCUGACGCUAUGAGAGCUGAAAUGAGACGUCAAGCAGCGUUGGCAAGUGAAGCUGGAGAGAAUGUGGCUGCGGCUCUGUUAUUGACUGAACAAAAAUAUUUUGAGGAUCCUCCAGAUGUCGAAUGGUGGGAUAUUCCUUUUCUUUCCAAUGAAACUUAUGAAGAUAUUGUUAGCGGACAAAUAAGAUUGGAACGAAUAAGUCAUUAUAUUGAGCACCCGGUACCUUUAAGAACACCUCGUGAUCGUAAGCAGACUCCCGUGAUGCCUCUAAUGCUUACAGAAAAGGAAAGAAAGAGAUUGAGACAUCAGCAACGUGUUGAACGUGCUAGAGAAGAACAAAUGAUGAUACAGAUGGGUUUAAAGGCACCUCCACCUCCAAAGGUGAAAUUGAGUAACAUGAUGAGAGUUUUUGGAAAUGAAGCCGUUCAGGAUCCUACAAAAGUGGAAGCACAAGUCCGAGCACAAAUGGAACAACGUAGACAGGAACAUGAGGCCGCAAAUGCUGCUAGAGCAUUGACAGCAGAGGAGAAGAAGGAAAAGAGAGAGAAAAAGAUAAAUCAGGAUCGUGACAGAUUUGGUGUAUGGGUGGCAGUUUUUCGCGUCAUUUCUUUACAAAAACCUCAGCAUCGAUUUAAAAUAGAUCGGAAUGCACAAGAAUUACGUCUAUCGGGAUGCUGUAUCAUUUUUAGAGAUUGCAAUGUCAUUGUUGUGGAAGGUAGCUUCAAGUCCAUUCAGAAGUAUAAAAAGCUAUGUUUGCGAAGAAUAAAGUGGACAGAGGAAGACCAAGACGAAGAAAAGCUGACGGGGAAUGAUAUGACGUAUCCUAUGGAAGAAGAAAUAUCUGAUACAAAGAAGUCGAAUUGUUGUGUUUUAAUAUGGGAAGGCGCUGUGAUGAGGCCUGCUUUUAGGGAUUUUCGUUUUGCUACCAUUCCAACAGAAGAAGCAGUUCGUUCAUACUUUGAAAAGCAUCGAGUAGAACAUUAUUUUGAUAUGGCCAUAACUUAUCCUAUUCAUGACUUGGAAUUGAUAAACCAACAAACCAAACAGGCUUUGAAUAUAUAAAAAUCCAUUUUCGCCUUUUUUCUUUUGAAU